AUAGGGCGGGUAGCAAUCAAGAGAGGUAUGUGUUGACGAGCUGCCGUCACCCUUUGGGCACCACCUCAUUGCCGGUACAUUGCCGUGGUAUUUCUCCUUCUCAAGGGUCACCGCGAAGCGAUGCCAACAGGAUACCACCACUGUUCUGCAGACACAGAGAGACAAGAAUACGACGCCGCAAAUGCCACGGUAGCUUUGCAUUGACGAGUUCAACCAUGGCAUCCACACCCAGCGUCACCACCCCUCUCCUCUCUCCUCCAACUCAACCUCCCGUGGUGGACCUGACCAUCGACAACAUCACCCGCAAGGUGGUGCAGGCCAGCUCGCAGAGCGGCGAUGCGCGGCUCGACUAUCUCAUGGAGCGCCUGGUGACCCAUGUCCAUGACUUUGCGCGUGAAACACGCCUCAGCACCCGCGAGUGGAUGGCUGCCAUCCAUUUCCUCACUCAGACUGGCCAGAUGUGCAGUCCCGUCCGCCAGGAGUUCAUUCUCCUCUCCGACGUCUUUGGCCUCUCGAUGCUGGUCGACUCCAUCGAUCAUCCGAAACCACCAGACUGCACGCAAGGCUCCGUCCUGGGGCCCUUCCACACCAACGAUGCGCCCCAUCUCCCCAUAGGCUCGUCCAUGACCACUGAUGCUGCGGGCGAGCCCAUGCUUGCAUUGUGCACCGUCUGCGAUUCGUCCGGCCGGCCACUUUCGGGCGUCAAGGUCGACAUAUGGGAAGCCGACUCCUCAGGCCACUACGACGUGCAGUACGCAGGCCGACAGGCGCCGAGCGAGCGGUGCGUCAUGACGAGCGACGUGGACGGCGGCUUCUGGUUCAAGGCCAUCAGGCCCGUCAGCUACCCGGUCCCGGAUGACGGUCCGGUUGGCAGGCUGCUGGAGCUGCUCAAGCGGCACAGCCAUCGGCCAGCCCACAUGCACUUCAUCUUUGAGAAGCAAGGCCUGGAUCGCCUGGUCACGACGCUCUUCAUCCGCGGCGACCAAUAUGAGACAUCUGACGUCGUCUUUGGCGUCAAGUCGAACCUCGUCGUCGACCUAGAGAGGGUCGACGAGAAGACUGCCGCCGAGUAUGGCGUGCUCGAGGGGACCUUGCUGCUCAGGCACAAGUUUAUCCUGGCGAGCGCACGGGAGACGGAGGAGUUGCGAGACAGGAACGCCAUGGAGGCGAUGGGGAGGCUGGGCCUCAAGACGAAGCUCAUGGACCACUUGCCUGUGCCUGAUCUGGAUUGAGGGACAUGGACGCCGGUUGGUCUGUUGCUCGGGCCUUUGGUUGUGU